AUGAUAUCGAGGCGCGUGAUAGCGGCCAGGCCAUGGCAACAUCAUCUGGGCAAAGGACGAGCAUGCCGGCCAUUCGCCGGGAGCGGCGGUGGGGGAGACGGCACGCCAGCAGUCAAGGUGUUCGAUCGAACGGCGAAACGACGCCAACGGGACCGAGCCGCGGCCGCUGACUGGGAGGGAGAAUUCGACUACCUGAGGGAGCACAUCGCAAGGGUGCUCGUGGAUAGAAUAGAGGACAUUUCGAGGGAGUUUCCACGAGCGCUCGAUGUCGGAGCGCACGCUGGGCACAUCUAUAACGCCAUUUGUGAAAAGCCGGGGUUGAACGGCAAGGGCGGGGUCGGGGGCGUCGAGCACUUGACGCAGUGCGACAUAUCCGAGAAGGCCUUGCUAAGGGGGGCCAGCUCCAGCCGCUCCCGGCAAGAAGAAAGUCGUGGGGGGGCAGCGGCGGGGGAGGAAGGGUCUGUAGAGGUUGGCACUUGCUGCGUGGUAGCGGACGAGGAGUUCUUGCCGUUCGCCCCGGCGUCUUUCGACCUCGUCCUCAGCAACCUGGCCUUGCACUGGGUCAACGAUCUUCCGGGCGCGCUGGGGCAAAUCAAGCAGGUUCUCAAACCAGACGGGGCGUUCAUCGGUGCGAUGCUCGGGGGCUCAACGCUGACAGAGUUGCGGAGCUGCCUGCUCCUCGCCGAGCAGGAGCGAGAGGGAGGCCAGUCGAUUCACACGUCACCGUCUGCGCACGUGGCGGACUGCGGGAGCCUGCUGCAAUCCGCGGGGUUCUCGCUGCCCACCGUGGACCAGGACACCGUUCGGGUGGGAUACCCGAACGCCUUCGUCUUGAUGGAACACCUACAGGGGAUGGGCGAGUCGAACGCCGCCGUGAACACCCGGCCACGGGUCAGCAGAGAAACCAUGCUCGCGGCAGCGGCGGCGUACCAAGAGCUAUACGGAGAAGACGAUGGCACCGUGCAGGCCACCUUCCAGGUGGUGUACAUGAUCGGGUGGGCGCCACACGAGUCUCAGCCACAGCCGAAGCGGAGAGGUUCUGGCCAGGCAAGGAUUGGAGAUGUCACCGUGACGCAGUCGGAACCCCCUGAGGUUUGA